UUCUCCCUCUCUCCCUCGACACACACUCAUCUCCCUGGAGAAAGAGGAGAAAACUCAACUCUCAAAUACCGUCCAGAUGUCGAAGAAACGCAAAACCCCCGAGGGUGGAGGAUCCGGCCUCCCAGUGGAAGAACCUAAAACCCGGUUGGGGGACAGCGAUGUGCAAGGUCUGACAGAUGAAAAAGUGAAGGCCUAUCUUUCUCUUCACCCGCAGGUACUGGAUGAAUUUGUAUCAGAAAGUGUUAGUGCUGAGACAGUAGAAAAAUGGCUGCAAAGGAAAUACAACGCAAAGGAAGAUAUUUCAGUUGCUAAGCAAGUCAACAGGUACCAGGAUACUGAUAUGCAAGGAGUGGUCUAUGAACUGAACAGCUAUAUAGAGCAGAGGUUGGACAUAGGCGGGAACAACCAUCUGCUUCUAUAUGAAUUGAGUAGUAUUAUUCAAAUGGCUACAAAUGCUGAUGGAUUUGCAUUGUAUUUCCUCGGUGAAUGCAAUAAUAGUCUCUGCAUGUUCACACCAGGAGGAGAAAACGAUGGACAACCGCGUCUUGUUCCUGUGGGGCCUAUUAGACUUGGAACCACAAUAUCUGCAUAUGUAGCUAAAUCUAGGAGAACAUUGUUGGUGGAAGAUAUUUUGGGGGAUGAGCGAUUUCCAAGAGGUACUGGAUUGGAAUCAGGGACUCGUAUACAUUCUGUGCUUUGUUUGCCAAUUGUAACUGCAAUUGGUGACUUGAUUGGUAUCCUGGAACUUUAUCGACACUGGGGAAAUGACAUCUUCCAUGUCAGUCAUCAGGAGGUUGCAACAGCCAAUCUUGCAUGGGCCACAGUAGCAUUACAUCAAGUAGAGUAUGUCCCAUGUUCCCGUCAGGUGUCAAAGGGCCUUGCCAAACAGACAGAACUGAAUGACUUCCUGCUUGAUGUAUCAAAAACAUAUUUUGAUAACAUUGUUGCAAUAGAUUCUCUACUUGAACAUAUCAUGAUAUAUGCAAAAAAUCUGGUGAAUGCAGACCGCUGUGCACUAUUCCAGGUAGACCACAAGAACAAGGAACUGUAUUCAGACCUAUUUGAUAUUGGUGAAGAAAAUGAAGGGAAACCUGUCUUCAAGAAGACCAAAGAAAUAAGAUUUUCUAUUGAAAAAGGAAUUGCUGGCCAAGUAGCAAGAACAGGUGAAGUUCUCAACAUUCCUGAUGCCUAUGCAGAUCCACGCUUUAACAGAGAAGUAGACCUCUACACAGGUUACACCACCAGAAACAUUUUAUGCAUGCCGAUUGUGAGCCGAGGAUGUGUGAUAGGCGUUGUACAAAUGGUGAACAAACUAAGUGGAAGUGCCUUCUCUAAAACAGAUGAGAACAACUUUAAAAUGUUUGCAGUCUUUUGUGCUUUAGCCUUACACUGCGCUAACAUGUAUCACAGAAUUCACCAUUCAGAAUGUAUUUACCGUGUAACUAUGGAGAAACUUUCCUAUCACAGUGUUUGUACAGCAGAAGAAUGGAAAAACCUUAUGGACUGUGUACUCCCAUCAAAUAUUGCCCAAGAAAUUGAACUGUACCACUUUGAUAUCAGUCCCUAUGAAGAUUUCUGGCCAGCCAUUUUUGUCCAUAUGGUCCAUCAGUGUUGUGGGACAGGCUUGAACAGCAACAGGGAAGGGAGUUCGAAGAAUGAAGAUUGCACUGCUAUGAUGUCAGCAUUGAGCCUUUAUGUGGAAUCUGAUAUUGUGGAGGAAGGUUUUGACCUAGAAAAACUGUGUCGUUUUACUAUGUCUGUAAAGAAGAACUACCGCCGUGUGCCCUAUCACAAUUGGAAACAUGCAGUUACAGUUGCCCAUUGUAUGUAUGCCAUCCUUCAGCAUAACCAUGAGAUUUUCACAGACUUAGAACGAAGAGGUCUCCUCGUUGCAUGUUUAUGUCAUGACCUGGAUCACAGAGGUUACAGCAACAGCUACCUCCAGAAGUUCGAUCAUCCACUAGCUGCUCUUUAUUCCACCUCAACCAUGGAGCAACACCACUUUUCACAAACAGUAGCUAUAUUGCAGCUGGAAGGCCACAAUAUCUUCAGUAAUUUGAAUUCCACCGAGUAUGAGCAGGUCUUGGAAAUCAUGCGCAAAGCCAUCAUUGCUACUGAUCUUGCUUUGUACUUUGGAAACAGGAAACAGUUAGAAGACCUUUAUCAGACAAGAACACUAAACCUUAACAAUCAAGCACAUAGGGACCGUGUGAUUGCAUUGAUGAUGACAGCUUGUGACUUAUGUUCUGUUACAAAAUUGUGGCAUGUAACCAGAUUGACAUCCAGUGAUAUAUAUGCAGAAUUUUGGACUGAGGGAGAUGAAAUGAAGAAGCUAGGUAUUCAACCUAUUCCCAUGAUGGACAGAGACAAAAAGGAUGAAGUUCCUCAGGGCCAGAUUGGAUUCUAUAAUGCUGUAGCCAUUCCAUGCUACAACAUACUCAUGGAGAUCCUUCCUACCACAGCACCACUGCUUCGGGCCUGCAAGGAAAAUCUCAAACAAUGGGAAAAAGUGAUGAAAGGAGAAGAAGCUUAUGGAUGGCUGCCAGCCCAGCAAGAUGAAACAGAGACAUCAGAUUCACUUCCAGUGAAGAUUGAUGACUGAUUCUUAUUUAAAUAUUGUGUCAUCAUCCUCUUCCUUUUUAGGCAUCUGUACUUAUUUCAUUUUUCAAAGGAUAAAAACUGCAAAUGUUAACUGGGAAAA